AUGAAAUCCGGACCGUCCGCAGUCACCUCAACAUCUACAUCAUCAAUGCAUCAUUGGGUGCCAACCUCUCUCCGAGAGCCACCAAACAAAUAUCAGAAGAUCAGCAGCACCUCAUCAGCACCAGUUCAUGCUUCGCUCAAAAUGAAAACCACCGCAAGAUCCAGAAAGCGACACUCGCCAAAGGCAACCACACUCGACCCACUUCCAGCUAUAUCCACUAUCUUUGAUUCUGGAUCCUCAUCUCACAGCUCCAGCUCAAACUCAUCGUAUGGGUCAUACUGUCAGUUCUCCCCAGAAGGAUCCUACACCAUGUACCAUCUCCCGAUGAACUACAUUCCGUAUCUCGGAGAGCCAACCAUUACCGUAACCGCAUCAACUAGCACAAUGGCCAGCCCAGCUCCACUGAUGAAUUCUCCUCCGAUGUCGGCAGAUGAGCACAAGCCAAUCAACCAACCACUUUUCAUCCAGACAGCUGAAUACCCAUAUGACUAUUCCGUCCCAGACCCAACCGGUGGUUACCCUAGUAGUGCCACAAUUAAUGCAAGUCAGCUCUUGCUCCGUCCAGUUCCUAAUGGACAUGCAUAA